GUGGUCUUCUGUGGUCUCCUGACGGUCUUCUAUGGGUACACGGGCCUCUUGAUUGCCCGCUGCAUGAGCCGGACAAUGGACUACGGGAAGGAGCAUCGAAUACCACGGAUAGCACAGGACUGGCCGCUCAUUGGACGGGUGGCUUUUGGGCAAGUGGGGCAGACCAUUGUCACGGCAUCGCUCACCCUAGAGAUCUGGUACGAAGGCUGCACGGGCACAGGCAAUGAUUGUCAUCAGGGGCCUUUUCAUUGUCUUGUGUUGUCAGGUUCGUAUUGAUAUCAUAUCUGGUGCUGGUUGGUGCUGGUGUUCAGAGCCUCGGGGUGGUGCUGGUGCUGGUGUUGUAUGGUUGGUGCUGACUUGAAAGACGUACGCAGACACUGACGUCAACUGUGUGCCUGGAUCCGUGCGGUCAUGCGUCAACGAAUGAGCGAGCACACCACACUUCUGCCGACAAUGCGAG